AUGCAUAUUCCACAAUUUUUCUAAAGUAUCGAUCCUCCGAGAGAGUGAGAGAGAACUCGAUAAACUACAUAAUAAUAACUAACCAAACUUGACAGUGAAAAUGUGACAGAGUUGUCCAACCCACCUUCGCUCACACUACAAAAAACCUCCAGGGAACGGAAUCAUAAUCAUAAAUUCCGCAUUAUUAGCACCCAUUACACUCUCACAGCCAAACUAUACACAUACGAACUCCCAUUCUUCCCUGGUGUCAGUCGAUAUUCAAAACGUUCUAAGGCCACGCAAGAGCAAAUAAUCCCACUCCUACGGAACAGGAGACGCUACGACCACGGCAAACUAAACGGGUAGCGGAACUCUCUAAUUUAAGCCUCGUGGAAACCUGGUAGUGGUGAAUCCAUUAGCUUACCUUACGUGUUGUAUGUAUCCAUCAUCCAUCCAUUUCUAAACCCAGGGCAACUUUCUCUCCUAGGUUUUGUUGUGAGACGGCGAGGUGACCAUUACCGUUAUAGGAAUUGUAUUACUUUCUCCUGCAUAUGGCUAUACGGCACACAUGUGCCUGUUCUAUUACUUAUCAAGGGCAGGGCGAAUGUACAUUUGUAUGUAUGUAGGUGCGUAGGGGAAAGCAUUAAAUUAUGGCCAAUCAUGCCAUACCUUUUCUCUUUUCAUGCUUUUUACACAUAUCCCACUCUCGUCCUGGAGCAUUGUAAAGUAAAUUUAACCACCUUUCUCCGAGCAGACACGAAACGGGGGUUUGCUAAUCGCUAACUAUGAAUUGAACGUACUACUACUGCUGCUGCUACUUACCACUUGUUUGGCUUUUCUGCUAGUGUAUAAUUUGUUAUUCGGAGAUAGGCGACAUCGACCAUUUUGAAUUUCGGAUUGAAAAAAAUGUUGUCACAAGCUCAGUAACUCGAGUCGAUAGAGUUGGUGGUUUGGUUGGUUAGUUGGCUAUCUUGGAAUUGAAAACUCGACUCUACUGGAAUAUUCAUUAGUUGUUCGGACUUUCACCCGACCGGAAUAUUUAGUGGGGCAGGAAAUUUUUAAAAUUAUGGGGGAACAACAACACGGCGCAAUGUGGAUGUUUUUGAAAAACUUUUCAAACAAGUUUUCAAUACCGGAUUUUGUAAAUGGGAACGAUAAACGAGGAAGUGCCAGAAAGCACAUUUCAUACGAUCGGAUCGGAGCCUCUGACAAGACGGACUUUCUCUCCUCGUCGAACCCAAAUCUUCUCGACAUUGUGGGAAAAGAGGACGAUCUGGUGGAUCCUGGUGGUGACGAUGACCUCCAUCCUGCAUCCUCCAAUGCCAAUUCCACAAAACCUGUGGCCAAAUCAUCCCUAACAUCGUCAAACACGACGCCAUCAAUCUCUUCGAUCGCGUCCUCCUCCUCGUCCUCAAUCCCACCGCCCCCUACGUCCCGAUUCGGCUCAAUCUUCAACAAGGGUGGAAGGACGGUGGACUUUAAUCUCAAGACGAAAAAGUUUGUUUUUCCGAACCGAGUUCCGAGCUAUCAGGAGGAGGAGGAUAGAGAAAAACAGCGCCGAAAUGCGGCUGCCACGACCAAUAUCACGGAGAACAUGGUCAAUAAGGAUGCCAACUGGUUAGAAACUGAGGACGACGAUGACGAGAGUGUGGACGGGGGGAAGAACUACGAGGAGGGGAGCAGCUGCAGCAGUGACUACGAGGAUGACGAAGACGAGACGGGAAAUGGGACAAGGUGUGGGAUUUGUGGGUGCGAGAAAAAAUACGAAGUCGUCAACAAUGGGGGGCAGGGUGGACCAAUGGUUAAGUUCAAUUGAAUAGUUAAUGAAAUAUAAAAAUGUGGUGCCUAUUUAUGUUAUCUUAUAUUCGAAAGGCCUUCACCGGACAAAUCUUGGUUUGCUUUAGAUCUGAUUUGAUUUAUGUAAUAGUGUUGAGUUUCAUUGGUUUGAUGUCGUGUCAUAGUUGAUGACGGCACUUUUGCCACUUUCACUUUAGAGAAAACCAUCCUACAAAAACACAUUCCUUUGAUGUGCAUGUGCGUAAAUAAGUUGAGGAAACGUAAGGAAAAUUGAUGACGUUACUUUCACUGCUCAUAGUUCUUAGAAUUUGUCAAGAGCAUCACGUUGGCAUUUCAAUUUAUAGCUGCAAUUUUUAUCACUUUCGUAAAAUGUCACAUGUACUUAUAAAUAGUUCUUGUAUACACUCUGAAUAUAUUUGCGAUUUACAGUACAAAGUGCACAAAUUUACUAUAUACAUUACCCAAAUCAUUAAUAUUUUAACGUUAAUAUCGUCGCGAGGAAUUUGUGUCAAUUUCCGAUUGGCUUUUAUCCGUACAUGACACCAUUAGCCGGCGGAGAGGAUGGGGCGGAUCGAAUGUCAGGUAAAAUGGAUUAAACUGACACCCAAAAUAAAUAGAAUACCACUUUACCCACUAAUAUUGCCCUGUCACCAUAAAUUUACUGCAGCAGUAAUUUAAUGUCCGUGAACGAGAUAGAGAAAACAUGUUGGUGGUGACCAUCCGAUGAUAUUUGAUGGCAUGGACCGUGCUAUGAGUCAGGGUCCUUGGGCUGUCAUGCCAUUCAUGAGGAGGGACGUGUCGCAAAUGCCUCAUGUGAGAAGAGAGAAAGCUGGAAAAAGAGUGGAAAUGCAGCCACAUAAAUUGUGUCGUACUUUCACUUGGUGGUGGUAACUGCAUAUCACAGAGUAAUGUCACGUAUGAGAACCACAAUGAAUGGAUUGAGUGGAAUUCCAUAUCGUCGUUGAAGAUGCAUAAAGGGCCAGUUUUUGUCCAUGUUGAAGCUAUAACGGCAACAAAUCCGGUUGGUCUUUUUCCAUCUUCAGCGACAUAAUAUGUGUGUAAUAUAUUAUACUUGUCCCCUCAACUUGACAUGGAGAAAUAAUGAAAUAGAGUGUGACCAGAUGAUAUGAAAGUGGAGGAGAAAGUGGGUGAAGGGAAUUCAUGUCCAAAAAUUAGCCAAGUUAUUGUAUCCGAUUGCAUAGAAAUACUCUCUCGCUGUCAGGUAUUCACGAUCGCUUUUCACACAAAUUUUAUGACAUGUCGUAUUGUGUUUAGGAAUAGAAUGAUGGUGGUCAAAUUAAUGUAUGUAAUAUGUACAAUGCACAAAAGUUCUAUGAAUCAUGAAUUUCACAAUAAAUAAAGCAGUCUCACAAUGACCAUAUCAAACCUUAAUAUUCUGUUACGUCAUGGAACGUUAGGUUUUAUUACGAGAAACGUCGUAAAAUAUUAAUACGGUAACAACUAAACUAUGUAAAUGUAUAAUCCAACCUUAACACUUAAAGUUAUUCUUUGUUGAAUAAAUAAUUAAUCA